CCCACCACUCUUCUUUCUUUCUCUCUCUCUCUCUCUAAAACUUUCUAGAGAGAGAAACCCUUCCUUUCAUCCUCAUACGUUACCCUCAAUUUCACUCCCAAUCGGUGAUCGCCCAAUUAUGUCGCGAUUCACCGUUCUCUUGAUCUCGUCGAUUCUUCUAGUGUUGUAUCAUCCACGGUAUGUCUAUCCUCUUAAAGAUGAUUCCACCACUAUUAUUCUCCGGCCUCCGCACGCCGGUAGCAAUCGCCACACCAUGUUUCUACCCCUUUUCCCAUUUCCUCCCAACUCCUCCCGGAUCUCCGGCGAUGAGAUAUCUCGGCGUCACCUCCAGAAAUCCGAUACUCCUCGUCCAAAUGCUCGUAUGGCUCUCCAUGAUGAUCUCCUUCUCAACGGGUAUUACACUACGAGACUGUGGAUAGGUUCUCCACCUCAGAGAUUUGCACUCAUUGUUGACACAGGGAGUACUGUUACAUAUGUUCCAUGCUCUACCUGUGAACAGUGUGGCAAGCAUCAAGAUCCAAAGUUUGAUCCGGAGUUAUCGAGCACCUAUAAGCCUGUUAAAUGCAAUAUCGAUUGCACCUGUGAUAAUAACAGGGAGCAAUGUGUCUACGAAAGGCAAUAUGCUGAAAUGAGUUCUAGCAGUGGUGCUCUUGGUGAGGAUAUUAUAUCUUUUGGCAACCAAAGUGAUCUUCAUCCUCAACGUGCGGUUUUUGGCUGUGAAAAUGUGGAAACUGGUGAUCUUUACAGUCAGCAUGCGGACGGGAUAAUGGGUUUGGGCCGUGGUGAUCUGAGUAUAGUUGAUCAACUUGUUGAUGGUGGUGUUAUAAGUGAUUCUUUUUCUUUGUGCUAUGGUGGAAUGGAUGUUGGUGGUGGGGCUAUGGUUCUUGGUGGAAUUUCUCCCCCUGCGGAGAUGGUCUAUUCCCAUUCGGACCCUGUACGCAGCCCAUAUUACAAUAUUGAGUUGAAGGAGUUACAUGUUGCUGGGAAGCGUUUGCCGUUAAAUCCGAGUGUUUUCGAUGGAAAGCAUGGGACAGUCCUAGACAGUGGUACAACAUAUGCAUACUUGCCUGAAGCAGCUUUUUUGGCAUUUAAGCAAGCUAUCAUGAAAGAACUCCAUGGCGUUCGUCAAAUCAAAGGUCCUGAUCCAAGUUAUAAUGACAUUUGCUUCUCAGGUGCUGGAAGUGAUGUUUCACAACUUAUGAAAACGUUCCCAUCUGUUGAUAUGGUUUUUGGGAAGGGACAAAAGCUGUCAUUGUCCCCGGAGAACUACUUGUUCAGGCACUCGAGAGUUACUGGAGCAUAUUGUCUUGGGAUUUUUCAGAACGGAAAGGAUCCGACUACUCUUUUAGGAGGCAUCAUUGUCCGCAAUACGUUUGUUAUGUAUGACCGCGAACAUGAAAAGAUCGGAUUUUGGAAAACUAACUGUUCUGAUGUAUGGGAAAGACUUCAUAUAUCUGAUACACCACCUCAAGGUUCUCCUCCAUCAAAUGGAUCAGGUUCCGCUGCUGAAAUCUCUCCUUCUUCAUCUCCAAUGAGUCCCCCACAGUAUAUUACACCAGAAGAAAUAGAAAUCGGAAGUAUUACAUUUUCUAUGUCAUUAAGCCUUAAUCGCACUAAUUUGAAGUCCCAAAUCUCAGAGCUUGCUCGUCUAAUUGCUCAGGGGUUGCAUGUUAACAGUUCACAGGUUCACUUAACCAAUUAUACAUCGAAAGGGAACGAUUACCUUACAAGUUGGUCUAUUUCUCCACCAAAAUCCAUUGACCAUAUGUCUAAAGAGACUGCAUCAAGCAUUAUUUCUCGGAUAGCUGAAGGUGGUGUACACCUUCCUGACUCCUAUGGAAAAUAUCGGUUAUACAAUUGGGAUAUACAGCCCCCAACAAAAAGAAGCUGGUGGGAGAAAAAUUACUUGCCGGCAGCAUUGGUAUCGGCUCUAUCAUUAGGAAUUGGCUUAUCAGCCGUUGGAACGUGGUGGUUUUUGAGACGGAGGCAACAAUCUAGUUUGCAAUAUAAGCCCGUAGACUUGGAUGUGCCUGAGCAAGAACUUCAGCCGCUGUGAUUUUCCAUAAUCUCGUCUAGUCAUGAUAUCUCAACAACCCCUUACGAUGGAUGGAUGAAUCUAUACAACCGUGGCCGCCCCCUCCGAGGUGAUGUAAUUUUUGUCAGGUCAAAACACGAAUCCGAAUACCAAAAUCUUUAAUGCUUUGUUUAUAAAGGAAAAAAUUGACAUCUUAUAGUUGUGGUUAUGAGACACAUCUAAAUUUGUAUGUGUACAACAUUAUUAGGGUUCAAAAAACAUCUGUUCUGAUGUCAAAAUUCACAGCCUUUUUCUUUGUUUUAUGUU